AUGAAGUCCUUUGGUCUUACUCUCUCACUGGCAACAGCUGUCAUUGCAGCUCCACUGACUGAGCGUGCGUCAACAUGGUCAGGAUGGAAAGGCGUGAAAUACUUCUUCGUCUUUGGCGACUCGUAUACCCAGACUGGGUUUGAUCCGAAGUCCACACAGCCCUCCACAACAAAUCCUUUCGGCAACCCACCUUGGCCUGGCUGGACCUCUUCCAAUGGACCAAACUGGGUUGGUUUCUUGACUGCGACAUACAACAAGACCAAGAUCCAAACGUACAACCUGGCUUAUGGCGGUGCUACCGUAGACUCCGCCCUUGUUGCACCCUACACUCCGACGGUUUUGAGCCUCAAGAACCAGGUGCAGGAUCAGUUCCUCCCGAUCUACGGGUCUCAUCCGUCUUCUGUACCAUGGAAGGAUAGCAAUUCACUCUUUGCCUUCUGGAUCGGCAUUAACGACGUGGGCAAUUCGUGGUGGUUGAGCAACGCCACCGCUCUAUACGACCAGAUCUUCACAGUGUACGAUGGGCUGUUGGAAUCAAUCUACGCCACUGGCGCGAGGAACUUCCUAUUCCUGUCAGUGCCACCUGUGAAUCUGGCGCCGCUCACACUAGCGAACGGAGACUAUGCGAUCGAAAACGAGGGCAAGAUGAUCGAGACCUGGAACGCCAAGCUGAAGAAUCUCACAACCUCUUUCUCAAACAGACACAACAAUACCCCCAAGAUCUUCAUACAUGAUACGCACACGCUUUUCACGAACGUUAUCAACGACCCCAAAACAUAUGAGCAAACUGCUGGUUUGAAGAACACCACGGGGUACUGUACCGCUUACGAAAAUGGCACGCCUACCUGGUACACAUCUGACCCUAGCUGUUUGUAUCCUGUCAACGAGUAUCUAUGGCUCAACAGCCUGCACCCUACGUUCCCCAUCCACAACGCUACAGCCGCAUCGGUGGUCAAGACACUCGGUGGUAGCGGGAAGGUUAUUUGA